AUGGACGUCUUUUUGCGUACAUGGGAUCUGGGCUUUAUAGCCUUCGGAGGACCACCAGUACACUUCCAGAUUCUACAUGGCAGGUUCGUGGAGGGACAGGGCGGCAAAGAAAAAUGGGUGGAUGAGCAGACGGUACGAUUAUCCUUGCAUAUCCUCAAGCUGUAUCAGGAACUCUUUGCUAUUUGUCAGGGUCUUCCGGGGCCCGGUAGCACAAAGAUGAUUUUCUGCCUAACACUAUUACAUGCAGGAUUUAUUCCUGCCAUGCUUGUGUUUUUUAUUUGGAGUCUUCCUGGCGCAAUUGGCAUGUACGCCCUCUCACUUGGUGUGCAAAACAUGAAUGAAACCCUUCCCAAACCCGUCUACUCCCUACUUUCUGGCCUCAACGCCUCCACAGUAGGUAUCGUUGCACUCGCGGCCGUGCAGUUGGCCGAAAAAGCUAUUCGCGAUAAAUUAUCCCGGAUUCUUGUGAUCUUUGGCGCAUGUGCUGGUCUCUGUUAUAACGCACUCUGGUAUUUUCCCGUGCUGAUGAUUAUCGUCGAUGCUACAAGGCCUACGCAGUCCGCUGAAGCUCUUUCGCAACAGCACAUUAUCAGGAUUCGGGUCGGAGUUUUGGUUACGGGACUCUUUUUUGCUUCCUUCAUCGGGAUUCUUGUUGCUAGAGGCCAGCUUACCACACCCCCACUCGCCCUUGACCUCUUUGCCAAUAUGUACCUUGCUGGCACUGUCAUUUUUGGUGGAGGUCCUGUCGUCAUUCCCCUUUUACGCUCCUACGUCGUCGAUCCCGGGUGGGUCUCGAGUAGAGACUUCCUGAUCGGCCUUGCCAUUAUUCAAGCUUUUCCCGGUCCUAACUUCAACUUCGCUGUCUUCUUGGGGGCCCUAGCACUGCAGCACUCACGAUUCCCGACCAUCUUCGGUGCGAUCCUCGGCGGUUUAGGAAUCUUCUUUCCCGGAAUCACGCUGGCCGUUGCAAUCCAAAGCUUCUGGCGUGUAUUGCGGAAGAAGAAGUAUGUGAUCGACUUUCUAAGAGGAGUGAAUGCUACUGCAGUUGGGCUAGUAUUUACAGCUGUAUACCGGCUGUGGGAGAUUGGAUACCUGACUCCUGAAAGAAGCGAUGGACAAAGUUUGGGUAAAAAUCCAUGGUGGUUGGUUGUUGCGGCGGUAACAUAUGCAGAGAGUGCAUGGUUCAAUGUGCCCCCGGCUAUGGCGAUUAUAAUGGGUGCCAUUUUAGGGUUAUGCUGGUUUGGGGCUAUGGGGGGAUAG